GAGGUGAACACCCUGCGGAGACGGGUCCUGUGAGAGGUUCUGCCGCAGAAAGCAGGUGCAGGGCUCUUGGGGGGGACAGAGCAGGAAGCACGCCAUCCCUCUGGUGCAGGGAGAGACAGAGGCCCCACCGAGGAGAGGAGGUGGCAUUUGGUGCGAACCCUGAGGGAGGGAGCGAAACCCACAGGCGCGAAUAGAGGGAGGAGGAGGGCAUCAGGCAGAGAGCAUCAUGACUAAAACCUCAGAGGUGGGAAACCUGGCGGGGUUCAAGGAACAGCUCGUGUUAGGUCAAGCUGCAGAGCAGACCAAGUGAGGACGGCCUCCUCAGGUGUCUGCAGACUCCAUCCCAUAUAACUCAGCAUCUCCACGGCGCAGCCACCAUGAUCUCAGCAGACUGAUGAUGGAAGAAAAGGAAACUGGGAGAUCCCGUGCUCCUGCUUCUCUGGACGAUGGAUGGAGGACAGCCCGUCCCUUCACCCCUAGUGCCCCUUGAGAACGUGUCGGCAGAUUCUAGCAUGUCUCUAGAGCAGAAAACCACGUUUGUGUUUGUGAUUUUGUUGUUCAUUUUCUUGGGCAUCCUCAUUGUCAGGUGCUUCCGGAUCCUGCUGGACCCAUAUCGGAGCAUGCCGACCUCAACCUGGGCCGAUGGACUUGAAGGACUGGAGAAGGGGCAGUUUGACCAUGCCCUUGCUUAGCAGAGGGGGGCAGGAGCCCCUCCUGAGGAGGUGAAGUGCGGCAUGUCUUGGUGAGGAAUUCUCUUUAGUCAGUGUUCUCAACAAACCAAGUUUUAACAGCACCUGGUCCUAGACUUCCAAUCCCUCAUUUAUUAAACAUGCUGUUAGGUUAAAAGCAUUUGAAGGAUAUUGGAGAUGAAGGUUUAUAAUACCCGCCCAAAAUAGGAAGGCUUGAAUUUCCAUGUUUCCUCGGUGAAUGAAUAUUGCUGAACGUGUGCGAUGGUGAAAGCAAGAGCCUCAGCACUGACACAAACUUUGCCAUAAAAUGAAGUGCUCUCCCACCCAACCAGAGAAUAAAGAAUAGGAAGGAUCUGAAAUGAAUCUGGUCACAGCGCCAUGAAGAGCAUUCCUCGUUCUGAGC